GGUGGGUGUCUCCAAGUGCCGCAUGUUAAUCAACUCCAGGGCAUGAUUGGCGACCGCAGGCCUGUCAUUUGUGGAGAAUUGGCGGAAAAUGGGGGCUGCCACGCGGGCAAUUGAUUAAACAACGGCAGAAUUCUGCUUGUCGUCGAUCCAUCUGACACUUUAAUCUUGAUGUCUAAAACAUGCGACCGAUUUUGAGAGGGAGUCUCGAAAGACUCUUAAAGGUCUUCGCUCGGAAGUUCGGCUUCGAUCUCUGACCAGUUUUGCGCACUUUGGUACCAACACAACUCCACGAACGGCAUCACUCAUCCGGCUUUCUCUCCACAAUGUUGUUCACGCACGCCAUUCUUGCAGCUCUGGCUACCGGUGUCUUUGGACAUGGUGUCGUACAGACCCCGGAGCCCAGAACGACUGGCGCCAAGCAGGAAGAGCUCUGCGGAGCUGCAGUGACCAAGAAACUCGACAGCGAUAUUGCCGGUCCCAUCGAGAACUCCCUCGCGGUAGCAGACGCCGACUACAAGUGCAACUUGUUCCAAUGCCGUGGCUACCAAUACGAGGAUAACGAGGACAAUGUUCGCGCCGUUACGGCCGGAGAGGUCAUCCCCUUCCACAUCGACCUCGUUGCCGGUCACAGACCCGGACACGCCAACAUCUCGGUGAUCGAUCUUGCAAACAACACCAUCAUCGGCGAGCCGCUCAUCUCGUGGUCCGACUGGCCCACCACCGACCCCGACCCGUUGGCCGACACUGACUGGAAUAUCACUAUCCCCGAUACCCUUGCCACCGCUUGCGACGUUGGUGGCAAGUGCGCGAUCCAGUGGUUCUGGUACGCCGAGACCAACAAACAGACUUACGAGAGCUGUAUCGACUUCUACAUUGGUGCAUAGGUUCUGAACUCGGAUGAAAGGUGCCUUGGACGGCGCUAAACAUAUUGACGACUUCAUGGUGUAUAUAUUUUCCCCCAUCUACUGUAUCUACCAUAGACAACUUAAGUACGUACAAGCAAAGAAUUUUCUUGAAC